CGAUAUUAUAAUUUAUGUGUCCGAUUCCUAUGUGCGUCAGUAAUGCUGACGAUAUAGUGAGAGACAAAAAACCGCCAUGUAAUUUUCUGUGAACGGUCGCCAUAACAGAAGCAGGAGAGGAGACAUUUAGUAAAGAGUUCAAGCAUUAUCCUUCACCAUGCCAUGGGUUACAAACGGUAGUUAGCAGAGGAGCUCCGAGGCGGAUAUGGUGAGCUAUCAAUAAGGUACUGUUUACAUCCUGUGUAUAAAGCAGAGGGCAUAUAUAGAUUUCCUAUACACAUAUACACACGUACUGACGAAACAGGCUCGAUGCUGCUCCGUACACAAAUAGUCGGGGUCGAGUUUUACGAUGCCGUGCUCAACAAUGAACUACAAUUAUUGAAACGUUUGGUGACCCAACAUAAGAUCGACCUCAAUGCUAAAUUCAUUGAGGUGAGAAAGAAAAACCAUGCCGAUCUUUGUCCCAUCCAUCUGGCAUCAUACAGAGGCUACACAUAUAUGUUACAGUAUCUCAUUGAAUCAAAAUGUGACGUCAACCAGACAACAACCACUCUGAGAAGAACAGCCCUUCAUUUCGCUGUCUUGCGACAUAAGAUGGCGUGCAUGUUGUUAUUAAUUGCUGCAGGGGCACAAUUGGACGCUAAGGACACAUUCAGCAAUUCGCCUUGCCACUACGCGGCAGACGACGGCUACUGUCAAAUGUUGGACGUUUUGAUACGAAGGGGUGUGAAUGUUGACACUUUAGAUAUUACGUCAAAGACACCGUUGAUGAAAGCUGUGAGAAAUAACAAAACAGACGCGGUACUACGUCUACUGAGGGCCCAAUGUAAUAUUAAUAUCACCGACAGAAAUAGUGACAUGGCCCUCCAUUACGCUGCUAGAAAUGGAUGUGCUGACGUCAUUGACAUCCUUAUUUCCGCCGGAAGUCUAAUAGAUGUCCAGAAUUAUUGGGGACGAACACCGCUGAUGGAAACGGUCUGUUACAACCAUAAAGAUGCUGUUGCUCGUCUGCUCAAAGCCAGCUGUGAUUUAAAUAGGCGGGAGUUUAAAACAGGGGACACCGCUUUACAUAUUGCUAUUAAACGGAACUAUACAGAAGUUGUGGGUCUUCUUCUUGCCGCCGGAAGUAGACAUGAUAUAUACAACCACCAGGGGGAGACAGCUGCGUACGAUGCAGUAGUUAGCAACAAAGUGGAAAUAAUCCGCCUCAUGGUUAUCCACAAUUGUGACCCAGAACAACCAGGGAAGUACUUUUCUGAUGGAGUUUACAAAUCCCUUUUCCAAAUUGCAGCAGAAAAGGGUCAUUUUGAUAUCUGUCGUCUUCUAGCCUCGUUUGGAUAUGUUGACUUUAGAGCACGUGGGUAUAUAUAUAUGAAUUAUAUUCCUCCCCGUCUCGUCACAGAGCAGGAAGAUGUUGUGCAAUGGUUACGACGGAAAAUGCAGACUCCUACCUCCUUACAAUUACUCUGCAGGAAGUGCAUCCGCAAACGACUUGGACACAAAAUAGUCCAUACUGUUGAAUGUUUACCAAUACCCAGAGCUUUGAGAGAAUUUGUACUGAUCAAAGAUAUGGACGAAGAAGAAGAAAAAAAUUUGCGGUGAUUAGAUUUUGCUAGUGUGUAUAAUGUUAUGGUUUAUAAUCGUAGCUUUGAUGAGUAUGUCUGUCUGUGACAAUAAAGAUAACAGCACUUUACAUUUAUAAGUAGGCGAAAAACAGGUCAAAUCAACUGUGCAUACCAUCAUAACACUAUUAAGUAACCAAACAAAAAUGGUCCGUACCCCAGAUCUCUUUUCACUGAGAAAGAAAACUUUGCUAAAUCAUGUAUACAAAUAUAUACGGCCCUUACACCCAUAUCUUUGAAGCGGUAAACUAUUGGAUUAACGUAGCUGCUUGUUAAAUUAUUUCAAUCCUCAAUUUUCAUGGUUACACUGGUUAGUUAUUGAAUAAGACUCCAUAUUAAUAGUCUGGAAUUAGGCCAAUUAAUUCCCUGAACUAUUAUAUAAAGGAAGAUAUUGGCCCUUCCUUACAGCAAGGACAAAGAGUGUUGAUCAAUAUAGCUGAUUCGUUAGUUUAUUACUGUUUUCAAUAUAUUUUUGUUUA